AUGUCUACCUACGCUCUUUCACAGUCCCACAAGGAGCAACUCGAGAAGUCUCUCGUCGAGACUGACCCCGAGGUUGCUGAGAUUAUGAAAAAAGAGAUCCAGCGCCAGAGGGAGUCCAUCGUGCUCAUCGCUUCCGAGAACGUUACAUCCCGCGCUGUUUUUGAUGCCCUAGGGUCGCCCAUGUCCAAUAAAUACUCCGAGGGUUAUCCCGGAGCCCGUUACUAUGGUGGGAACCAGCACAUCGACGAGAUUGAAUUGCUCUGCCAGAAGCGAGCUCUCAAGGCUUUCAACCUGGAUCCUGAGAAAUGGGGUGUUAACGUCCAAUGCUUGAGCGGAAGCCCCGCCAAUUUGCAGGUCUACCAGGCUUUGAUGAGGCCUCACGAUCGACUGAUGGGUUUGGAUUUGCCUCAUGGAGGCCAUUUGAGUCACGGAUAUCAGACCCCCCAAAAGAAGAUCUCUGCCGUCUCCACAUACUUUGAGACCUUCCCCUAUAGAGUAAACCUCGAGACUGGCAUCAUCGACUACGACACUCUCGAAUCCAAUGCCCAGUUGUAUCGACCAAAAUGCCUUGUUGCCGGAACCUCUGCAUACUGCCGUCUCAUCGACUAUGCUCGUAUGCGCAAGAUUGCUGACUCUGUUGGCGCUUAUUUGAUUGUGGACAUGGCCCACAUCUCCGGAUUGAUCGCCGCCGGCGUCAUCCCAUCUCCCUUCGAGCACGCUGAUGUUGUUACAACCACCACUCACAAAUCGCUCCGUGGCCCUAGAGGCGCCAUGAUCUUCUUCAGAAAGGGCGUGCGAAGUGUUGAUCCUAAGACUGGCAAGGAGAUCAUGUACGAUUUGGAAGCUCCUAUCAACUUCUCCGUCUUCCCUGGUCAUCAGGGUGGCCCCCACAACCACACCAUCACCGCCUUGACUGUUGCUCUUAAACAAGCCGCUACGCCAGAAUUCAAGCAAUACCAGGAGCAAGUCGUGAAGAACGCCAAAGCCGUCGAAACCGAAUUGAAGCGUCUCGGCCAUAAGCUCGUUGCUGACGGCACUGACAGCCACAUGGUCCUGUUGGACUUGAGGCCGAAAGGCCUCGACGGUGCUCGUGUCGAAGCCGUUCUCGAAGCCAUCAACAUUGCUUGCAAUAAGAAUUCCAUCCCAGGAGAUCGGUCAGCUUUAACCCCCUGCGGUAUUAGAAUCGGUACUCCUGCCAUGACCAGCCGUGGCAUGGGCGACGAGGACUUCAAGCGUAUUUCCGGAUACAUUGACCGUGUGAUCAACAUCUGCAAAGACAUCCAGGGUAGCCUCCCCAAAGAGGCCAACAAGCUUAAGGACUUCAAGGCCAAGGUUGCCAGCGGCUCCGUGGCGGAGAUCAAUGACCUCAAGAAGGAGAUCAGCCAAUGGGCCAGUUCUUUCCCUCUUCCAGUCUAA